UCCACAUCCCCUUUCUCCCUCCCUCUCUUCCAAUGUCCGAUCACCACCAGAUCUCCCAUCUUCCUCCGCCGUUCGCCGCCCAUCUCGAACGGAAAUGGAAGCCCCAUCUCGAAAAAGCCCCCAAUUGCCCCCGUUGCGCCUCCGCCAACACCAAAUUCUGUUAUUACAACAACUACAGCCUCUCCCAACCUCGUUACUUCUGUAAAUCCUGCCGCCGCUACUGGACCAAAGGCGGCUCCCUCCGCAACGUCCCCGUCGGCGGCGGCUGCCGCAAGACCCGCCGUUCCAAAUCCUCAACCUCCUCCACUAUCUUACCAAACGUAAUUUCAACCCAAAUUACCGAACACUCUUCCCGAUCCGAUAUCGAUCUUGCUGCCGUUUUCGCUAAAUUUUUAAACACCCCAUCGAGCACAAAGCCCCACGUAUCGACCAGCUCCCCGGAAUCGACUGACCCAUCAGACAAUCUAACAGCCAAGAAUCCCGAGAUCUUCUUCGAAGAGCUAUCCGAUUUAUUCAAUCAACCCGAAGAUCGGAUUACAAAGGACUAUGAAAAUUUCCCAUUUGAGUUACAACCCGAACUAACCAUCGAUGAACUAUGGCCAUCGCAACCGAUCGAACAACUUCAAGAAUGGGAAUCUUUCUCGUGCAAUUACAACGCGGAAUUUUUGUGAUAUAUCAUUACAUUAUAUACAUUUUUCAUACUCUUAUGUGAAAAAAAGAAAUUUAUUCUAUGGUACAUAGAACAUAGGAUUUUAAUACUGUUACAUUGAAAACUAUAUAUUAAAAUAAAAUUUGUAU